GUUUCUUUUCUUUCAGUGCUUUUAACAAAACUAAAAAUUUGGUAUAGAUUAUUUUUCAAUAAACUAAAUGCUGAGUGAGACUCGUGCUGGCGCAAUAAAAACAUCAGUGAGUCGUCGAAGUAAUCAGAUUUGGCCUGGUGUGCACAUUUGAGAGUGUAUAGCUGAAAGCUGGCAGCACGCAGCUUUUUCCUCUUAGCCGGUAAAUCAUGGCCGAAAUGAUCGACCCAGAAAAUUGGCAAGCGGAGGCGAAGAGACGGCAGUGCGAAUUUUACACCACGCUGGGCUACAAGGUGGUUUGGCGCGGUGUGCCGGCAGAGAUGAAACUCUCUUUGACGCUCAUGGUCGCCGAACACAUUUUCCAUUGUAGUGCCGCUGCCGAGAACGCCUCCUUAUCAGAUCUUGGCCUCUCCAGGACAGAGAGAGCGACCGUCAAUAUUAUUGCCAACAAGAUAGUCAAGCAUUUCCCCAAUCAGAACGUGCACAUCAAUUUGGUCCUGAUUGUGUUGGAAUGGAAGAAACAGACUGUGGAAGAAUUGGUGUUUCGCGUGGAAGGCGGUGGCGAAACCAAAUUUAUUGACAAAAACUAUAGAGUUUACUCAGACUGGAACUCGUUCUUGGGUGCCAACCGAAUCCUGCCUGGCCAAAUUUGCUUCCCCGCGAACGGGAGGUACACCCUGGCUCCGACAGGAAUGGAAACGCUCGUCGAAUUUGGAUUCUCGCCCAGUUCGUCACGGAAAAACCAAAUACUCGCCAAAAUUUGGUUACUGGCCUUAUUGGGCACGGUAAUUGCAACCGCAUUAGGGAUCGCGUAUGCAUUUUAUCCUGACGAUGUCCUCGCUAUUGUGGGGGCUGUCAUUGGCAUUCCGUCACUCGCGUAUUUUGCCAUUAUUAGCAUCUUUUCGUUCCUGGAUGCUCUAAAAUAUUUGUAAAAUGUGUCCUAAUUUCAACACUCCAAAAUUCUAUCAAUUGUUUUACUGACCAUCAAGACACAGAAACAUUAAUGGUGUUUGCGGUGAUUAUUGGAGAAUAAAAAUGAGCUGUGAACUAUUGUUAAAAUAA